ACAUUUGAUCAAAAAUCUUUUUUACGCGCUUAUUCGUUACGUUUGCUGAUAUAGUUGAUUACUUAGAUAUAUUUUAAAUCACGGAAAUCUCAUGGGAUAUAAUUUUAUCGUAUUUUAAUUUUUGCCAAACUGAAUCUUCUCUCGCACAUUACGGCGAUUUUGAUCAUUUGCACAGCAUAGGAAAUAUAGACAAACCAAUCUAGGUCUCCCAAGCAGCUCGAUUAUCACUAAACGUUAACCUUGACUUGAGACUUGAUAUCAACUUGACCUUAUCGCGAUAAUCGUAUGUUGGGAUAGAUCAUUUCGUCUUUAGUCAGCAUUUCGCGUUCCGCAAAAUAUCUUUCUGGUGAAUGAUGCGAUCGCGCGUGCUGCGAUCUUGCAUCUUGCAGAAUCACGUCGCCUCUCUUAAGCGGAUCUUUCUCGAAUUGGAUCACUGCAUUCGGAAAUAUUUGGCGCCGCGAGUGAUCGGAAAUCAUAGACUGUACGAUAGAACUAAAGUCGAAAGCGAACGUGGACGUGCGCAAUGUUUCGUUCGCGAAGCGAACGUCAGCGUUACGUUUUUACAAUGAGAUAACUUAAUUGUUCACUGGCACAAGCUGCAACAACGCAUUUUGUUGCAGAAAAUAUAAAAGCGCUGAAAUAGUUACGGCGAAACAGUAAUAAAUGUUUGCGUGGGAGUCGCAUUAGCAGACAUCGGUGUGGUAGAUGGUAGCGACGUAUCGCAAUGUUCGACAGACGAAGGCUUCUGGAAGUAUGAGUAGCAACGCGUCGUUCUCGAGAAGAAAUUGGCACGGUGUUCCUGAAUGGAUAAAAGAUGACGGUCUCUUAUCAGUACGAGGUCGCCAGUUCCACCAGCGGUGGAUUCACCAGGCUCCUGUUUAUGUGGCGCGGUUCCCUUUACAAGCUCAUCUACAGGGAACUGCUGCUCUAUCUAAUUCUCUUCGGAGGCUUAUCCUCGCUGUACCGUCAUGUUUUCACUGCCGAGCAAAAAAGAGAAUUCGAACAUGUUGUAAUCUAUUGCGACACCUUGAUCAAACUAAUCCCGCUGAGUUUUGUGCUUGGAUUUUAUGUAUCUUAUGUAGCGCAAAGAUGGUGGAAGCAAUACACGGCGAUACCGUGGCCCGACAAGGUGAUGCAUCUCGUGGCGCUCUACAUCACCGGAAACGACGAUUACAGUCGGAUGCUGCGCAGAGCCUUGAUGCGUUAUUUAAAUCUCUCGCUGAUUCUCGUGCUACGUUCCAUCAGCUCGGCGGUGAAAAGACGAUUUCCCACUCUUGAUCACGUCGUUGAUUCCGGCUUCAUGACCACAUUGGAACUCGAAUUGUACCAAUCGGUGCCGAGUGUCGAGUUUAACACCUAUUGGAUACCGUGCACAUGGUUCAUUAAUCUUCUCAAGGAGGCACGCAAGACUCACCGGAUAGCUGAUGCGCAGGGUUUAAAGCUAAUAAUGGAGGAGUUCAACGAGUUUCGGACAAAAUGCGGCUUCUUGUGGAGUUAUGAUUGGGUGUCGAUCCCUUUGGUGUACACUCAAGUCGUAACACUAGCCACUUAUAGCUUCUUCGCGGUUGCCCUAAUCGGUCGACAAUACAUCGAGGGCCCCGAGAGAGAAUUCCAAUUGAAGAUAGACAAAUACGUGCCCAUUUUCACGAUUUUGGAGUUUCUCUUCUUUAUGGGACUGUUGAAAGUAGCUGAACAACUGAUCAAUCCUUUUGGCGACGACGACGAAGAUUUCGAGCUAAAUUGGUUGAUCGAUCGGCAUACCAAAGUAUCAUAUCUCGGAGUGGACACCUUAAUGAACCGUUGUCCGCCACUUGUCAAGGAUAUUUAUUACGAUUCUGAAAACGUGAGUCUGCCAUAUACGGAAGCAGCCGCGGCGUACAAGAAGAAGACCUAUCGCGGUAGCGUGGCGAAUAUGACGGUGCCCGAGGAGAAACAAAUGAUGUUCUUGCCCGGAAUUUUAGAGGAAGAAGAAGAAGAAGGAUGUAUUCCGACGCCUCGCACUUCCACUGCCAGUUUAGCGAAUCCCAAUGACAGUCCGAUAAAUGAAAGGCGCCAGAUUAGCGAGUCCCCUUCAACAUCUGCAAAGAUGGCUCGCAAUUGUCCCGAAACAGUUUUACAGCUGGAUAAUCAAGAGCAAUCGCCGGCCGAAACAGUGGCACAACGGCGCAUAAUAAACGAAGCCGUGCGGAAGUUCUCCUCCUUGGCGAAGAGCUCGGCGUCACGUUCCGGAAAGCCCUUCUUUCCAGUUUUGCCGAAAUCGUCCAAGCCGACGCUGCGUCCGUGGCCGAGCGCGACGAGUAUUUCUUUCCACCCUGUUCAGACACCAUCGGCUUCGACGCCGUAUCCCAUGUCGGCCGCCGCCGAGGCUGGAGGCCCCUGGAGAAAAGACUCGUUCAAGAAUCUGUGCCAUCAGUCCUCCGUGGAAAAUUCCGAGAGACGAUCCAGCGAGUCAUCACAGAGCGAGAGAAAUCAGGAUGGUGUCGUGAACUCGGCGUUCGCCGACGAGAAAAUCAGCGACGUAUCGGACAUUUGCGACUGCAAGGAUGCGGAAGAAGAUGAUAAUGGCACGUGGUCCAGUCCUCCAUAUCGAUCUCAGUGUAGGCGAACUUUAUCCCAUCAAUCGUCGAUCCCGGAGACGAUUGAUAUGUCCGUGAUCAGCGGCGAGCCGAGUGUUGAUCCUUCGAGGAUCAAGGCUACUCCGAAAUAUCUAACGACCAGGAGAGAUCGAUUGAUCAGCGAUUCCAGGAAGAGGAAGGGUAUUCAGUGGCGAUCAAGACUGUCCGGUAGACCGUUGAAGUUUCGCAGAAGAACUACUGACAGCAUACCCACGGUAAGCACAAUUUUGAGUCAGACCUGGAGCUCGCCGAAUUUAAGAGACUUGGACGAGCAGGCGAAGAUCGCGCAAGGCGCCAGAGCCGAGCCUUCUUAUAAGCAGGAGGAAGAUUCAAUAACCAAGUUAUAAAUAAUAUAGUAUCUCGAGAGCGGGAUAUUUCUAUAUCUAGAGACGUAAAACAAGCUGUGACAAUCUUAAAGAAAUUUUGAUAGAGAGAUUCUUUUUUGCAGAAAAACUGUUUUUCUGCUGAACUAUUUUCGAUUACUAUAUUUGUUAAAAGUGUUAUCUAAAGGAAUAAUGAUAUAAGAGAUAGCGACACCUUCUAUUUAACAUAUCACCAGCGAUAUAUUAAAAUCUUCUUUGGUGAUUUAACUUAAUUACAAAAUUGUGAGCAAAAGUACUAGCACGCGUCUGGGAGCGUAGCGUCCUUUACAAAUGUUUAUGUAAAUAUUGUAAAUAUUAUAGAAUAUAAAGUGUAUCUUCAUAGAAA